GAGUUCAAGUUUGCGAGGGAAUACAUAGAGUCCCAAGCAGAUACCCUUCUGGACGAGCUUCUCGCCAUAGUGAGGACGCAUUCGGCGAGCGAAGUCAACGGAUACUGCAAGAACCGCGGCUGGUGUGAAAUGACUUUCCUCUCCUUUGAGCAUUGUGAGUUUACCGCAGCGUGCGCACAGGCUCCUCGGAUCUGCCGGGCGGCGAGGCGAUUGGAGGAGAAUGGCCUCCGAAUUCUCCGUGUAUCUGCUUCGCUGGCAGGCAGUCCUGAGGUUGAGCCAGAGAAGAGGCGAAAGCUCUACAUACAACCGCAUGCAUCACCUGAAGUGGGGCGACAGCGGUUGUCCUGCACACUGUUGGUCUCUCCAGCCACCAGUUCCACGCUGCGCAUGGAGGGCGAGGCCCCGCGCGUGUACCGCGCGGGGCAGUGCUUCUGGUUCGACGAGAGCCUGACGCACGAGAUGGACUUCGAAGCCCUCGGGCCGGAUACCCUUCGAGCCACUCUCUACCUUGAUGCACUUCAUCCCGGCUAUUAUCAGCCUCGCGAGAUAUUCUUCUGGCCUGCGCCGGGAACGCUGCCAUGGUGGCAAAAAGUCUUACAAGGAUUGGGACGGCCCCUUGAGAAGAGGCAGUCGGCGCAGCUUUACAUCGUCCCAGAGAAAAAGCAAUCUCAAUGGAUUGCAUUGGCGCUGGAUGCGCAGAAUAUCCGAGCAAACAUUUGCCAGCGAGGCGACCUUGGCAGGCUCUUCCACCAGGAGGCAUUUUGGCAUCCCUGGGAUCCGAUUCGGCCGCUGGUGAUGUUGCAGCUUUUUGCCCGGAUGAGCUUGCUGGAGCAGAUGGGGGCCCACGAUCAGGACCUCCUGGUGUUGCUGGACCGCAGUCGUCACUUCACGGAAAAAGACCUGAACGAACUGACGCAGGACACCUGGUAUUGCCUGGCCGCUGGCUGCAGUUGCCAGGCGCUGGAAAUGUUUGGGCUUUGCAUGGACGGUGUCUCAGACAAGUUGCGAAGCUCGCUGCUGCAAGGAUUUGCGGUAGCACUACACAUCAACGUCUACUUCGUCGAAGCCUGGUUCGCCUUUCUGGGCUUGCCGCACCCUCCGCCCUUUGGCUACGGCUUCACCUUUGAGCAAGUUAAGACUCUGGUUCGGGCGAAGCCAGAUGAGGCAGAUCUGUGCGCUGGUGGAGCUGGAGGGUUCUGCCUCUAUGGCGCCGUGAGUGCCCUCUUCAUAGCUGCCGCAGGCCUUCACGAGGGCAUCUCGGGCGUGAAGACCCAGCCCAACCCCCAACAGGCGCAGGAGUACCUGUUGAUGGCAACUUCGCUGCUAGGCCUGCAGUACUGCUUGGACUUCCAAGAGUCCAGCCUGUGGCCGAUACAUGCGAACGAUGUCAUCGCCAACAUCAACCGAUCAGCGGGUGAUGCCUUCCGUUUGGCAGGGAUAGGCAGCCCUGAGUUGCCAGCGCGCGAGCCUCCGCCGGGCUCGUCACUCUCGGCGUCGGCAAUGCCAGAAUUCGUUAGGCCGGCAUCCUUGGGCUCCACUCCCUCCCAGGUCGUGGCGGUUGUGGCGGUCGGCACCCACCCCACUCUGACACUGGAGGCGGUGAGCAUGCUGCGCGACUUCGGCUUUGGCUCCGAGCGGGCCGUCAAGGUGCAGCGCACACUUGGCAUCACCUACAAGUGCUCCGUGUUUCCCGAGAUGUGUGGGGAGGGCAUGGACACUUCGGAGGACUCUAUUGCUGCCCUCAUCGGGCGAUUUGAGUCUCCGCCCCCCUACGAACGCUAUACUUUGGAUGCCAUUUCUCAAAGCGUUGCAGCAGUUGCGAGAGAGCUGGACUUCGACCUACUUGUGUGCACCAGCCCAUUCAUCGUGUGUGCGCUUCUGCAGCAGUGUGCCGGAAAGCCUUUGCUGGGCUACUUGGGGCUGCCAUUGCUGUGGAAGAGACCAACAGACCACUUUGACAAUGCCACAGCCAGGGACAGGUUUUGGGGGCUGUUGGCCAAGCUCCUGGAGAGCCCAGAAGUGGUCCUCGCCACUAACAAUCCGCUGCUCACCGAGCAGAUUGCCUUUCAGGCCGGGGCAGUUCUGCCAGUUGUUCGACCACAUGCAAGGUUUACGCAGGCAGUUUAUGCCCCGACUCGCCCCAAUGAUGCUAUGCUUGUGUCCCGCACAAAGUUUCUGUGGGUGACACUGGAUUGCGCCUUGCGCCUGUUCUUGGAUGAUUCGUACCCGAUUAAGUUUACCAUUGCAAACUCAGAUUCCAAGCUUCCCUUUCGGGAGAUGGCAGCACAUCGAGCGGUUGUGCUGAUGCCAUGGGAACACGCACUGAUGGCGUUCUUCGAAUUUUACUCCAUGGGAGUUCCUCUUUUGAUGCCUGAUGCGGACUGGUCCUACCGCCUGAUUUUCGAUGCAGAGGGCAACCUUGGCAGUACUCUGCCAAUCUACUGGGAUGUAAGCCCAAGCUGUGGUCCCCAUAGCUGCGACAGCCUUCAUCCUUACCCACCCUUUGCCUUUGGAAGCUUUGAGUCGCGCAGAUACUGGUAUCAGUACUCCUCAUUUGCCCAGUUCCCCCACAUCCAGCGGUUCAGCAGCAUCCCCGAGCUCUUGCGCCAGCUUCUGCAUCUGGACCUCAUGGCUGUGAGCGCUGCCAUGAAGGCAACCGGGAGCGCAGAUCGAUUCGAAGAGCGCUGGCAAGACGAGUUUUUGCUUUUCUUUAUGGGCUUCUUGAAAAGGCCCUUGAUCCGUCUUCAUGGACAGGAGGCGGUUUGCGCCAGGAAUGUCGACAGGGUCCGGGCCCGGGCGGGUGAUGUGCAGAUCUUCGUGUGCCAAAGCACCAGCUGCAAGGGCCUGGGCUCUGAGAAGCUUCUCAGAGACUUGGAGGCGCUGAGCUUUGUGCAGACUCCGGAUGCCAAGCAACCCAGUAUGGGUGUCUUGACCUUUGCGGCAAAGGUCGAGUCCAAAGCUUCCAAGGACAGGAAAGUCGUCGAAGGCGUCAAGACGUUCAAGGCUCUCAGGAGCUUGGUGGAGAAGAGCGGCGCGAAGCUUCGGAAGCUGGACUUCCAGGUCGCCGAGAUCAAGUAUGAGGCUCGGCGCUCGAAAAGCUCGGAGGACAAAAUGGCCAAACUGGACAAGGGCUUCAAGGCCAUCGGCGGUGAGCCGGCCGCCUCCAAGGAGCCCCGACUGGCUGGCUCGUUGCUGGCGCUGCGGGCUGAGGAGCUGCUGAGCAGCAAUGGAGAUGCGGCUGCAGCCCUGCGAGAUGCGCAGCAAGCAUGCGCGCUGUGGACAGGCUUCGGACCCGCGCACCUGUCUGCUGCCCUGGCGUUGCUUAGGCUGGGGGAAGUAGACAAGGCUCGCGAGGAGUUCCAGACAGCACAAGAUGCUGGUGGGAGCUUGAACAAGGAUCACAUGAGGAUGGUCAUCAAGCAGUUGGCCGAGGCCCCAAAAAGGGAGGCACCGGCCGAAGGCGACGUCGGCGCAGAGGAGAAGAGGUUGGUCGCGGCGAAAAGCAACAAAGUGAAGGAGGCCAAGCCCAUCGGUGACGCCGAACCACCUGUGGAGGUAGCUCCUCCGACGGCUGCCAAGGUGAAAGCGAAAACAAAGCCCGCUGCAAAGAAACUACAAGCAGAAGGGAACGAGCCGGCAGAGAAACCAUCAGAGGAAACCGCUGAGGUGAAGAAGCCGUCCAAGAAGACAAAGGAACCCGAAAAUGAGGCGGCAGAGCCGGCCACAAAACCCAAGAAGCCAAAGGAGAAGGAGAAGGAGGAGAAGGAAACGUCUGAUGCGAAGGAGCCCCCCAAGAAGCCGAAGCCGAAGAGGACGGAGGAGUCCCUUGAGCAGACAUCGGCCGAGCCGAAGGAGUCGGAGAAGGCAAAGACAUUGACCAAGGAGUCGAUCGAUGCGAAGGCGAAAGUGAAGAAGUCGAAGAGCAGCGAACGAAAGCAGGAGAGCUUGCCAACCGAAUCCGACGGCCUGACGGCGAUGGUUGAUCUAAUGAGCAUCAUGUCGCCCUGUCCAGAUGGAGAAUUGAGUGAUGAUGGCAAGCUGCAUGAGCCAGGCCCCUCAGUGCGCUCCGCAAUCGGUUGGGCGCUUCCGCGCUCCAUUAUCAGCCUCUGA